GCAAAGAUGUACUGGGUCGCCUUCCUAAGGUUAUUGGCAAGAUGUUGUGGAGAUGGCUCUCUGGGCCAAGGAGAACACACCUGCAGUUGCUGCUCAUACAAACCCACAAGAUGGUGGUCCUGUUGAAUCUGCUGUGACCGAGACAGAAUUGAAAGUCAAUGUAGAGAAGGAACUUGUUUCCCAGGCAGAAGAAGAAGACAUGGAGGCUCUUUUGGGAACUUAUGUCAUGGGUAUUGGUGAAGCAGAGGCAUUUUCUGAAAGAUUGAAGAGAGAGCUCCAGGCUCUGGAAGCAGCAAAUGUGCAUGCCAUCUUAGAAAGCGAACCUUUGAUAGAUGAGGUGUUGCAGGGGCUUGAAGCAGCAGCACAUUGCACGGAAGACAUGGAUGAAUGGUUGUGCAUUUUCAAUGUGAAAUUAAGGCACAUGAGGGAGGAUAUUGAAUCAAUAGAAACUCGCAAUAACAAGUUGGAAAUGCAAUCAGUAAACAAUAAAGCUCUUAUUGAGGAACUCGAUAAACUUCUUGAGCGGUUGCAUGUCCCUUCUGAGCUUGCAGCUUGUCUGACAGGAGGUUCAUUUGAUGAGGCACGCAUGCUUCGGAAUAUGGAAGCAUGUGAGUGGUUGGCAGGUGCCUUGCAUAGUCUCGAAGUGCCUGAUAUAGACCCUGCUUUUGCUAAUAUGAGAGCUGUUAAAGACAGGCGUGCAGAACUUGAAAAAUUAAAAUCUAUUUUUGUCAGGAGAGCUUCUGAGUUCCUAACAAAUUAUUUUGCCAGUUUGGUGGAUUUCAUGAUUAAUGAUAAAAGUUACUUUUCCCAGGUAUUUUCUAUUCAGGUUCUUAAAAGAAUUACAAACUUCAAAAAGCCUCAGAAUUCUAAGCACCACUUUGUGGGCUGUGCUUGCUUUAAACAGAGGGGGCAGUUUAAGAGGCCUGACCAUGCUGACUUACGGCACAAAUGCAGGACAUAUGUACGCCUUCUGCAACAUUUAAAGAAUCUUGAUAAAAAAUUCUUAGGUCCAUUGAGGAAGGCUUAUUGCAGCUCUCUUAACACGCUUCUCCGAAGGGAGGCCCGUGAGUUUGCAAAUGAACUUCGUGCUAGUACUAAAGCACCUAAAAAUCCAACUGUUUGGCUUGAAGGUUCCACAGGUUCUGGUCAGAAUGCAAACACUGCUGACACUUCUUCAGUUUCUGAGGCUUAUGCAAAGAUGCUCACAGUUUUUGUCCCUCUUCUAGUGGAUGAGAGCUCUUUUUUUGCUCACUUCAUGUGUUUCGAAGCUCCCACACUGGCUCCUCCAGGAGGCACUAAUAAUGGUAAUGAAGAUGGAUAUGAUGACGAAGGUGAUGAAGCCAAUGAUGAGGAUUUGGGGAUUAUGAUCACUGAUGAGAAUGAUAGCAAAUCCGGUGCUUGUAUGAAUCCUGCGGAGCUUGCAUCUUUGAAUGAGUUCCUUCAGGAUUUGCUAGAUGGAAUCCAGGAAGACUUUUAUGCCGUGGUAGAUUGGGCAUACAAAAUCGAUCCUUUGUGCUGCAUAUCAAUGCACGGAAUAACAGAGCGCCAUCUCUCUGGUCAGAAAGCUGAUGCAGCAGGAUUUGUAUGCCUUGUGCUCGGUGACCUAGAGUCUCGGAUAUCCAUGCAAUUCAUCCGUUUUGUAGAUGAAGCCUGCCAUCAGAUUGAAAGACAUGAGCGUAAUGUUCGCCAAAUGGGUGUCUUGCCUUACAUUCCCAGAUUUGCAACCCUUGCGACGCGUAUGGAGCAAUACAUCCAAGGGCAGUCAAGGGAUUUGGUUGACCAAGCAUACAUGAAAUUUGUUACCAUAAUGUUUGUGACUUUAGAAAAAAUUGCACAAACAGAUCCAAAGUAUGAAGAUAUUUUUCUAUUAGAGAACUAUGCAGCCUUUCAAAAUAGCUUGUAUGACCUCGCUAAUGUUGUUCCAACUUUGGCAAAGUUUUACCAUCAGGCCAGUGAAUCCUAUGAACAAGCUUGCACACGCCACAUUAGCAUGGUUAUUUACUAUCAAUUUGAACGUCUUUUUCAGUUUGCUAAAAGGAUUGAGGACUUGAUGUUCACUAUCCCACCUGAAGAGAUUCCUUACCAGCUCGGGCUGUCAAAAGCGGAUCUUAGGAAGAUGUUAAAAGCCAGUUUAUCCGGGGUUGAUAGGUCUUUUGGUGCAAUGUAUAAGAAAUUACAGAAGAACUUGACUUCAGAGGAACUGUUACCUUCCUUGUGGGAGAAAUGCAAGAAGGAGUUUCUUGAUAAGUAUGAAAGUUUUGUCCAGCUCGUCGCCAAGACGUACCCUUCGGAGAAUAUACCAUCUUUAGCAGAGAUCAGAGACAUUUUAAUUAGCAUUUAAAAAUUCAUUUUGAUGUAUUCCUUUACUUUGCUUGAUGCCUAUAGUCAUUCUUUUUUAAUCGCCAUAUGUAAUUUGAUUUAUUUUAUUCUAUUAAGUGCAUUUAUUGUGUAGGUUUAAUUUUUUGAAAA